AUGUCGCACGUCAGCUUCGCUGUGCUCUUGAUAAGCAUUGUCUCGGUUGUGAAAGCCUCCAGUCAGGUCAGGCUCGAAGUGCAAGGACUCGUCCUGUCAGGCUGGUACACCUACGGCCCCGACGUGUGCACCCUUCGUCACUAUGUCGGAUCCGUCGACACUUGGGGGUCUCUAACCGGCUACAAUGCGGGUGAGAAGGCAUCGGCAUGCUUUGACCAGUUCCCGGAUGGCUCGCCUUAUCUUCUCUUCACGAAUAUCUGUGAGAACAUUUGGGUUGAAAAGCCAUGCCCCGAGAUUCUGGAUAUUUACCGGCUGCGCCUGACUGUGAACAUGGUGGGUAAUGCCCUCGUGGUCAAGAGCGCUGUUAAAGACGACGCAAGCAACGAUAAUUGGUCCGAUGAGAAAGAGACCGUCCUUCCCCCAGAUGGCUGCUUUACAGAGCCGUGUGCCAACAAGGACUGCAGCAGGAAAGCUUCUGACAAGCAGACACCAUGGUCAAUUUGUUUCCGUGGGCCAUGCAAUUCGGCGUCGGGGCCGCGAGGCCCUCCUCUUGCGGCACCAAACACGACCGACAACGACGGUCUUCUCUUGAGUGCCGGCGCAGACGAACAGUCUGUCCCCACUACGCGGGCCGGUGAUGGCUUCGUUCACUUCGGGGACAUGCUCAUCCUUUGCAGUGCCUGCACCCGCGGUCUUUUGCAGGUGGAUCCCGCUGCAGCCGUGACCGUCAGUGCAGGCUCCGUCGAGGUGCAGGGUUGCAAGCUCUCGACAGGAAGUGUGAUCUCCUCCUGUCCAAGGAGCAACUUCACCGUCGGCCGCGUGGACGACAAUGACAGUCACGGCACCGACACAUGCGUCUACUAUGGGCAGCUGAUCCGAUUGGGGACUCAUGAGGCUCUUGCUGAGAAGCCUUGCUACCUCUAUGCCAGCACUCAGAGCGGCGAUGACGGAUCUGGCCAGGUGCUAAUCAGCGUCUGUCCACGUGCUGCGGAGGGUUCGCAUUGGCGGGUGUGCCGAGGGUCAAAGAACCAGGCAGACGCCCAGAGGGAUGCAGACGACAGCAGACGCAAAGUCGAGCUCGGCGACCUCAUCCGCUUAGAAAGUGUGGCAACUGGCUGCGAGCUGCAGUCCAACGGCGUGGUGAUCAUGACCAGCUAUGGCAACGAGUAUGAGGUCUUUGGCUCCAACGGCCAUGUGCCAGGAGGACGGGACGUCGAUCGUGGCAGAAGCUUCGAAUGGUCUUUUCUCGACGACCACCUCUCUGAGCAAGCCUUAGUGGCAGCACAGAAGAAGCACGAGAUGGCGGUGGCUGCUGGAGCGCGGACGUUCCGGUCUGAUCCAGUGGCAAUGCUCCAGGAUCCCCUGUAUCGGGCUGAAACUCAGCUGGCCGAAAUGGAUGAUGCAGGUGCUGGAGAGAAGCGGUAUGCCGUCCUCGCGCGGAUUUACCCCAUCCUCCGGAACAGCGACAUGCACACCAUCCGGAGGCUGCGUCGCAUGUGCGAGGCAUCCGACGAAGAGGGUGUGGGUGUGAUCGGAACGCACAUCUUUCAUGGUCUCCUGUCCUGGGUGUGCAUCCGCCUGACCAAAGAGGAAGCUCGGCAGUUGCAGACGCUCUUUGGCUGCGACGGUGAGGGCAAACCAUUGGAUCCCUGUGAUGCCCCAGAAGGUGAGAGAGAGCUCCUGAACUACCGACGCUUCUUCCGACUGAUGGGUGGCACCAUGCGGCCCUUCCGCCUCAGCGCAGUGAAGGAUGCCUUCAAGAAGCUGGAGGACAAUGCGAUCGCCAAAAUGGUGGACAUCACGCACCUGCAGAAGCUCUUCUGCGCCACGGCCCAUCCCAAGGUUCAGGAUGGCUCUCUGUCCAUCGAGGAGGCGCGAGAGGAGUUCUUUCGUCAGUGGGAGCUCGAUCACCCGGAAGGGCGCAUCACUUGGGAGGCCUUUCAGGCCUAUUACGACGAUGUCUCUCUUGCCGUGGCAGAUGACCAGAUCUUCGUGGAGCUUGUUCGUAGCUCCUGGAAUUUGUAA